UCAGGCAGCAGGGCUCUUCCACCCUUCCAGCGACCGGGAUCUGGCAUUCACGCGGCUACAGCAGGGCGCACGUCGAGUCUCCAUCGGAUCCUUGUGCUGGGUCUCCCACAGCCCCUCUGCUGCUGCUGCUGCUCCAUCAUCACCAAACGACCCCCAGCACCGGAGAAGAAGAGGCAGAAGAAGAAGCUGAGAUUUCCGUGCCAUGUGCACAACGACAUGUAUGUGUGAAUUCACGCGGUGACCGGCGGACAGCGGCGAAUGGAGCGGCUGUCAUCAAAUUCCUGAAGACGCACCGAUAGAGGGGAGGCUGUCGUGUAGAACAGAGAGAGAAGACCUUCAUACGCAUCAGCAGCCAAUCCGAGACAUUCAUUUUGUCUUUUCUUAUUAUUGCCAGUGAGAAGGAUCAGUGGUCAAGUGUCGCUCUCCAUGUCAACCAUAACAAUGGGGGAGCAGCCCAUCUACAGCACGAGGGCCCAUGUCUUCCAGAUCGACCCCAACACCAAGAAGAACUGGCUGCCCACCAGCAAGCACGCUGUCACGGUCUCCUACUUCUACGACAGCACGCGCAACGUCUAUCGCAUCAUUAGCCUGGACGGCACCAAGGCAAUAAUCAACAGCACCAUCAGUCCCAACAUGACAUUCACAAAGACCUCACAGAAGUUUGGCCAGUGGGCGGACAGUCGGGCGAACACCGUCUACGGCCUGGGAUUCUCCACUGAGCAUCAUCUAGCCAAGUUUGCAGAGAAGUUUGCGGAGUAUAAAGAAGCGGCGCGGCUCGCUAAAGAGAAGAGUCAAGAGAAGGACAUGGCCACGUCUCCUUCUCAGGAGUCUCCGGCUGGUGAGCUCUCGUCACCUUUGACACCACUGACCCCGCCCAUGGAAACCAUCAACGGCACAGAUGACAUCUGCGACUCAACUCCCAACUCAGACAGUCGCCCAGAGCCGUCACAGAACGCACUGGCCUUCACACACAGCCCCGCCAUGACAAAACAUUGGGAGGCUGAGCUGGAUGCACUAAAGGGGAAUAACGCCAAACUAACGGCAGCUCUGCUGGAGUCCACAGCCAACGUCAAACAGUGGAAACAACAACUGGCUGCCUACCAGGAGGAGGCUGAGAGACUACACAAACGGGUGACUGAGCUCGAGUGCCAGAGCAGCCAAAGCCCAGCGAUCAAAUCCCAGAAGACUGAACUCAACCAAACCAUAGAGGAACUGGAGAAUACGCUAAGGGAUAAAGAAGAGGAAAUGGAAAAGUUAAAAGAAGAAUUGGAAAACAUGAAUGACCUGAUGGAGCAGAAAGACACCCUUACCCAGAAACUUGAGGAGACAGAUCUGCGCAGUCGGGUGCUGGAGGAGCAGCUGGCGGGUGCAGAGCAGCGGCUGGAGGAGAACCAGGAGGAGCAGGAGAAUUUCAGAAAGAGCCUGCGGACGCUGCUGGAGAUGCUGGACGGCAAGAUCUUUGAGCUGACGGAGCUCAGAGACACCUUGGCCCGGCUCAUAGAGGAGGCCAGCUAGAGACAGGGCUGCCCGAUCUUCACAGACAGAGCCAUAUGAUAAUUGACACCCCCAACUCAACUGCAUCAAUCCCACCGCACCAUGCCCAAAUUCUCCUACACCCGACACACACUAAGACUGAGACCCUGCACUGCCCCGAUUCUGAUUUUGCUCAUAAAAGGGCAGCUAACUCCCGGUUUUUAACCUUGCAGGCACCGAGCUCCAACCAACCACAGGCACUCCUGUCGUUCAAGACAAUACAGGGACUACCUCAUCUUGGCCUUCUGAUUGGCUGGUGUAGGCGUAACCUUGGUUGAAUUUAUCCUGUCGGUGAGAUGCCCCCCCACACACAAACACAUGCAUAUACAUGCACAACACCUCACUCUCACCAAGAGUUAACUUGAGAACUGUGCCUCAGUGCCAUCUGCUGUUUGUCUGGGAGAGCUGCACCACAGAUUGCAGCAUGACAACAUCUCUCUCUUAUACACAUGCACACACGUGCACACACACACACACACACACACACACACACACACACACACACACACACACACACUCCAUCGCUAAACUGCCCCCCCACAAGGGGAAUGUUGAAAGUCAUGUGGAAAUAAUUGCCGUUAACACUCUGCGAGAACUGCGCCAAAGCUGCCAAAUCCCCCCGAAAAUAUUGUCCUCUAACUAGCAGCUGCUUUGAUCCAAAGUGACUUACUGUACAGAGAAGUGCUGAACACAGAGAGUCCCACGUUUGAACUCGGGCUGCCAGCGGAGUUUCACUGGAAACAGAAUUAAAGGAUGGCUCUGUGUACCAGCCUGGACACACAAGGCUUUCUCGGAAACAGAGCUUGCUUUAUGCUUCUUGAGUGGAAAUGUAAGACUGCUAUGUACCCACGGCCUAUUUAAAAAGAAAAACCCAACAUGAUGGAUAGUGUUCAAUCUUCCAGAGGCAUCGCUCGUGCCACACAGUAAUUUGAAUGGGCACGCGCCCUUUGCUAGAUUUGAUGUGAGAAUUCCUGUAUCCAGACUGCUUCCACCGUCUCAGACAAGUGACCUAUCUUCCUGCCAAGCUCAGUGUGGUGUGUGUUUCUGAACAAGGCCUGACCUUACAACAUAACGUGUGCCUUCAAAGCGCACGCAAGUGGACACGUGUUUGUAUAAUUUGUGUGUGUGUGUGUUUUGUGUAGUGAGAGGAAGACCCUGUUCUUUUGUUUUCUUUUUGGACAUCAAGGCCGUUAUACACACACACACACACACUGAGCAAUACCAAACAGGCUCUAUAAGACACCUCUAUCUCAUUCUAUCAGGUACUCUACUCAGUGGACUCAUGCAGAUAAAGGUCAAAUGCAGCUCAGUUGAUCGCCCCCAAGUCCGACAGAAAGUGUACAACCGUUGACCGCGAACCUGUGUGGCAGCCCUGUCGAAGUAGUGCGUCGUGAAGGGCCUACAGAGCGUCAUCGACAUGUUCGUAAAUCUCCACCCUGAAGCAGGCUACAGAUAUUCACUCCUCACCGGGUGAACACUAAGAACUGUACGCAGUUUCUAUCCAUUUUGUUUUAUACAUAGAAUAUAACACUGAUGAUAUAAUUAUAGAACUAUAUAGGACAACUUUCUACUCAUGAUGGCAUUGUAAAUGAAUGGACGAAUAACACAAAUGCAGUAACACCCUGCCGCGGCUUAUUGUUGUGUAUUAACCAAUGGAAAAGUAUUGCCUAGUAUAGUAGAGUAACCCUCCUCAAUAUCUGUUUAAAAUGGCAUAGCAACACAAUGUAAACGCAGUGUUAAAUGUUCUGUACAAAAAAAUAUCCACAUAUAAAGCGGCUCCAGUAACAGUAAAAUCCAAAACUGCAUCUUUAAAAAAAAUCACGAGAAAUUCUAAAACGCUAUAUGCUCAUGUGAAAUGCUGCUCAUCCUGCCUUUCAACUGAGCACCCUGUUUACACUGUGUUAUUACACUAUUAUAACUCCACUAUAUACCCAGAGAUUUAAUCAUUAAGUCCUAUAGCACAGCAGAACUCUAUACGUAAAACAUUAGUGUAGUUAGUGACACAGCAGGUUAAUACACUGGAAUAAGACCCAUGUAAAGGGAGAUGUUACCUAGUUUUUUUUUUCUCUUCCUGGUUGAACUUUGACAGUCAAAUGUCAGAGAUGGAAAACCUUAAUAUUAAUGCUGUUGUUAAAUGAAUGCCUUUGUACAGUAGUGGAUAAGAAGCUUUUCAUUCUCCUGUUUUGUAACUUAUGGUAUUUAAAUGUAGGUAUUAUGAUUAUGAUUAUUAUGAUUACUGUAUUUAGAGGUAUGAGAAGACUGGCAAUAUUUUUGACUAUUUAAAGUAAUUUUGAACUCAUGAUAUUAAAGAGGUACCUCAGGCUGAAGAUGUUCGUAGAUUGGUGAGACUUGUGUGUAUGCAGGUGAAAGGAUUUUACUUUAUUUGUAUUUAUUUGUAUCUUAUUCAAUGGCAUGGUCUUUCAGUUUGAAAGCAGGAAUAAUUAAUUACCUAUUCAGAUUUGGUAAUGCUUUAGCUCAAAACCCGCACUCAAGUAGCCCCUGCUUUUGGUUUCAUUUGCGCUCAAACUGCAUUUGCACUCAGAUCUUUGGUAGCUCAGGUCUUCAGGAAUUCUUUAUUCUGCACAACAAGUCUGUCAAAAUUCCCCAACCAAUAGAGCGGGAGUGCAUGAACCCCGGUUAAGUAACCGCCUGUAUGGUUCUCUCUCAAAUUAAAAGAGUUGAGUGAGGGCAGGACAAUUUCACUUGACAACACAGAACAUGCCAUUCUAUUGUUGGGGAAUUUUGACAGAUUUGUUUCACAAAACAGGCCGAGAACAAAGGAGCAGAGACGCAGCAAGUGUGAGGAAAAGAGCUGAAGCUGGAGCACAGGAAAUCCAAAUAGCUGAAUAUCUGAGUGUAAGGACACAAUUUGAGCACAAGCAGAGCGAGUGUUAUGGGUGUAUUUGAGUGUGGGCGCAGGGUUUUGGGCAAAAGCAUCACUAAACAAAGUCAAGCGCUGCUCUCAAACUGAAAUACCACACUCUGGAAUAAAAAGCAAAUGCUGAUGGAGGCCGAUCAGGAGACCCGCCUGGUGGUGCUUCAACCGAGCUCAAGCCUUUUGUUGUGUUGAAUUUGCCUGGGCUGAGCAACACACCCCUGUGGACAAAGUAAUGCUAUGUUUUGUAUUCAAAUACAUUGACCGCAGAAUUCAAGCUGUACAAAUCACUUUUUGUUGUUUCUUUUCUUUUAAAUUAAAAACACAUUAUUCAGUCGACCGUGAUGGAGAC